AUGGGAUACACUCCAAAUACACUAAUUGUAGCCAUAGUACUAGCCAUACCAUUGUUCACAAAACUCUCUCUAACAACCUUUGUGAGCAUCAAUUGUGGAUCCUCCGAACCUUUCACCGAUCCACAAACCAACAUAACAUGGACACAAGAUGAUGCAUACAUUGAACAUGGCCAAUCCUUCAAUGUCUCUUUAGGGUUAGGCACAUUCAGCACCCUUAGGGCAUUCCACACUUUGAAGAAGAAUUGCUAUGAAAUUGAAGUCCAAAAGGGAGAAAAGGUCCUUACUAGGGCAAGUUUUUUCUAUGGGAAUUAUGAUAACAAGUUUUCUCCUCCUAUGUUUGACCUUAUAUUUGAUGGUAAUUAUUGGGGAACAGUGAUUACAUCAAUUUCAGAUCAUGUGGAUUAUGAAGCUAUAUAUGUUGCUAAGGGAAACUACACCAACGUUUGUGUUUCCCAAUCAAACCCUAAUCAUAUUCCUUUCAUCUCAUCAAUUGAAGUGCGUGGUUUGGACCCUCAAAUGUACAACCAUCUUCAUCAAAAUCAUUCCUUGAUUUUGCUUAGUAGACGUGCUUUUGGUGCAAAUCAAACUGUCAGGUACCCUGAUGAUGUGUAUGAUCGAAUUUGGAUUGCAAAAAAUAGUGAUCAAGAGUUUAUAUAUAGCAUCCAAAGUGAGGCAUUGGACAUCAACAUUAGUACAGUGGAAGAUCAACCACCAAAAUCUGCAAUCCAAAAUGCAUUCACACUCCCAAACACAACCUUUGGAAUUCAGUACAAUAUAUCUUCACUUCUUCAAUCAACAUCAGAUACUAAUAAUAAUUAUAAUAGUAGUAUGAAUUCGCUUUAUUUUCAUGCAAGUCCUGGUUCAACUCUUCCUCCUUUGAUCAAUGCUGCGGAAGUUUAUAGAAUUGAACCAUUAGCUCAAGGAACUGACUCUAGAGAUGUGGAAGGAUUGAGGCAACUGCGAUUGGCAUUCAAAACAUUAUCAGAAUGGAAAGGUGACCCUUGUCUUCCAUUUCCAUACGCUUGGGAAUGGAUUCAAUGUACUGCUGAUCCUAAACCUCGCGUAAAAGCAUUGAAUCUUAGUAGCUAUGAUCUUAAUGGGAUUCUUCCAGAUAUGAGGUCAAUGGAUGCACUUGAAAUUAUAGAUUUGCAUAACAACACCAUUGAAGGCCCCAUUCCUGAAUUUCUUGGUUUCUUGCCUUUGCUUAGAGUGCUGAAUUUGUCAUACAAUAGUUUUAAUGGUUACAUACCCAACUCCUUAAACAAUACAGACAUUGACAUUGACAUUACUCAUCUCCCGGAACUGCAAAAUGUAUCCAUUACAACCACUAGUGAUUCCCCAACAAGAAUGUCAUUCGAACUACACAUAUUAUUGCUUAUAAUUGCAAAGCAGAUUCUGAGUCUUGGGGAUAUGGGCAAUAAUAAGGGUGGAGUUGGCUUGUUGUAUGGAUCUAGGGUUCCUCCAACAUUCUUUGAUGAGCUCACACAUCUUUUCCUUCACCAGAUUCCAAUUAUUCUUGAAAAAGACAGCCGAAAAUCCUUCCUCUCCAAGCGCUUUGAGGGAUCCCAUUCCAAAAACUGCUCUAAUCUCUGGUUUAGUUGGAAUUGCUUCCAUAGUCCUACACACUGA